AUGCUUGCACGUGCCCAACUUGUAGGACUCAAGACGGCGCUCGAGAGGACGUUGGACGACUGGCUCCUCAUCGUCGACAACGCCGACAACACCGACCUGAUAUUUGGCGACGACGGCAUGUCUCUACGCAACUGCCUACCGUUCAGUCGUCGGGGGACUAUACUGAUGAUGACAAGGGUGCAUGAGGUCGCCGUCCGACUGGACGUGCCGAUGCGCAACACCUUCGCCCUUGCGGAGAUGUCGGAAGCGGAAGCGACGCAGAUGUUGAGGACGUCGCUGAGUGAGAAACAGAUGCGUGACGGCGCGAGUACGAGGGGGCUGCUUGACUAUCUAGCCCGCCUACCGCUGGCCGUGAAACGGACAUCGGCAUAUAUGGCGCAGACCGGCAUCUCGACAGCUAACCGAGACUUUGAGGACCGCGGCCGGUACCGCGAGACGGCCAACCCGAACGCCACGACCUGGCUCAUCUCGUUCCGGCGCAUGACCCAGAGAUGCUCCGCCGCGGCCGAGUACCGAAAGCUGAUCUGCUUCCUGGCCGAGAAGGACAUACCGUUGUCGCUGCUCCGGGACAACGAAGCGGAGAUGCCCUCGUGGUGUGUCGUGAUGCGCCUGGUGCGCCAUGAUGCGCUUGCAAUGCAUAAUCUGGCAUCCGUAACCUCCAUUCGAACCCUCUCAGCCGGCCCCAAGACGCUUCCCGAACUGCUCCAUUUCCUGUGCUGA